UUUAAGACAGAUAAGCUAUGUUCACACUUUAUAAUAUUUACUCAAUGGUCUAUAACUACUUGCAAUCAUGCAAUUACGUUUAAGAACUUGUUCAACGCAGUUAAUACGCAUUUACAUGCGCAAGAGAUCCAAAAUUAUUUACCUGUGUUUAGUUCGAGAAAUGGGAAUAUUAUAUCAAUUUUUUUCCAGUCAGAAAUUAUCUGUAAAAAUCCAGUUGCUUGUACUUUUCGAUUUGGAAAACACAAGUUUUGCACGCAGUAGUUAGAAUACACUACCAACAGUACGCUUUUGAAAUCUUUCUAUCUCAGUAAAACGCGGAUAAUAUUACGUUAGUACUGUAUUUCUCUUUCUUCCGCUUUAUUGAGUUCCACUAAUUCUGAUGGGGCCCUGCAUGUUUACGUACUCUCAACAACGGCGUUUCGCUGUGACAGGGGAGUAACCUAGCGCGAACCCGGAGUAACUGACACGGGGAGGAGAGAAGAGGCACCGCCAGCUGCUCAGCAUCAUUCCGCUGCUCCAUGAAGCCUGUAGAUAUGGCAAAGGAAGGAGCAGAGAUUUCAGAGGAGACGGAGCACAUGAUAGAGAAGAACGGCGGGAAAGAGCAAGAAAGUGUCAUGCCGGGCGGGGACACGAAGGAGAUGCGCGCCGUCGUGCUGACUGGCUUCGGGGGGCUCAACAAACUCCGGGUGACCAAGAAAGCGAUGCCUGAGCCCCAAGAAGGAGAAGUCAAGAUUCGCGUCAAAGCGUGUGGUUUAAACUUCCUAGACUUAAUGGUGAGACAAGGAAACAUUGACAACCCUCCUAAAACUCCUCUUAUCCCUGGAUUUGAAUGUUCUGGAAUUGUGGAAGCAAUGGGAGGCAACACCAAAGGCUUUGAGAUAGGGGACCGUGUAAUGGCCUUUGUGAACUACAAUGCCUGGGCGGAAGUGGUGUGCACGCCGUUGGAGUUUGUCUAUAAAAUUCCCGACGAUAUGACUUUUCCUGAGGCAGCUGCCUUCCCCAUGAACUUUGUGGCGGCGUAUAUGAUGCUGUUCGAGGUGGCCAAUCUCCACGAAGGGAUGUCUGUAUUGGUUCACUCUGCUGGAGGGGGUGUGGGACAAGCUGUUGCCCAGCUCUGCUCCACCAUACCAAAUGUUACAGUUUUUGGAACCGCUUCCCCUUUCAAACACGAAGCCAUCAAAGACUCAGUGACUCACCUUUUCGACAGAAACGCUGAUUAUGUGCAAGAGGUUAAAAAGAUCUCCCCCGAUGGGGUGGACAUUGUGCUGGACUGCUUGUGCGGAGAGAACACAGGCAAAGGCUUGGGUCUGCUUAAGCCCCUGGGAACAUACAUCCUGUACGGCUCGUCGAAUAUGGUGACGGGCGAGACGAAGAGUUUCUUCAGCUUUGCCAAGUCUUGGUGGCAGGUGGAGAAGGUGAACCCCAUCAAACUUUACGAGGAAAACAAAGUCAUUGCCGGCUUCUCGCUGCUCAAUCUCCUCUUCAAACAAGGCCGGAGUGGCCUCGUGAAAAUGGUCGUGCAGAAGCUGUUUUCCCUCUAUGAGCAGAAGAAGAUCAAGCCUCUGGUUGAUUCCCUGUGGGCUGUGGAAGAGGUGAAAGAAGCUAUGCAGAGAAUCCAUGACAGAGGCAACAUAGGGAAGCUCAUCUUGGAUGUGGAGAAAUCCCCCAUUCCACUGAUGGCCAACGACAGCACAGAGACGAGUGAGGCGGGUGAGGAGGAGGAGGAACACGAAGGGGAUAAUGACAACAAGGAGCGGAUGCCCUUCAUCCAGUAAAGGCGGGCACUGAGGGCUCCCUGGCUGACUGAACCACGGAGACGGAUG